AUGUAUCACCCAUCAAUGUGGCAUCCUAUUCAACCACUUGAUAUGGCUGCAGCAUUUCGUUCAAUACGACAAACACCAUCAUCACCAAAUUCAACAACAACAACGACAACAACAACUACAAGUCCAGAUAAAAAUUCUUUAUCAGCUGCUGUUGCUGCUUUUAAUGCAGCCAAUGGUGCAUUUUCAGUUAAUACACUUCUUAAUCAAACAUCAUCUGAUCAUUUACGUUUUCCUUCAACUCAUCCAUCUUUAACGGCUGCAGCUGCAGUUCAUCAACAUCAUCUAUUUUCAACUCUUUUUCAUCAUUAUCCUUAUGCAGCUGCAUUUCGUCCUUUAUUAAAUAAUCCAACAACAGGUUUAUUAACAUCAUCAGCAAAUUCAAAUUCAUCAUUAUCAUCAUCAUCAACUGAAUCAUCAGAAUCAUCAGCAUUUUUACCAACAGGAAAACGUUUUAAAACUAAUACACAUGAUGAAAAUCAUUGUGAUAUAUCACCAUCAGAAAAAAGCAGUGAUGAAAGUUUUGGUAAAUAUUCAGAGAGUCGAUGUCGAUCAUCAACAUAUGAUUUACAAAAUCCACAAUGUCCGAUUUGUCAAAUAUCAUUAAAUGGACAAGAUAUGAUAAUACAUAUUCAACAUGAACUUGAUACUAUUGAACGUACAAGACAACAACAUAAAUAUUCAACACGACGUACAUCACAUUUAACCAAUAGUAAUAAUAGCAAAAUUCUACAAGAAAAUACAAUUAAUAAUAUCGAUCAAACAUUUAAGACACGUUAUGAGACAUAUAUACGAGUACGAACAAGUCGACAACAACGUUUAAAUGCUAAAUUACAAUUACAUAAUCGACGAGUAAAUCGUAAUGAUACACGAAAUUGUCCAAUAUGUUAUCAAAUAAUUCCAAUCAAUACAGAUGAAGAAUAUUUUUGUACACAUGUUCAACAAUGUUCAAGAAAAAGAGAACAAUUAGCAGCUAAUGCAGCUCUAGCUGCAAUAGCCAAUCAACAUCGAGUACCACCACCACCACCUCCACCAUUAGUAUUACAAACAAGAGAAUCAACACAAGAUGAUCCAGAUGUUAAUGUUGUUGAUAUGGAUGAUGGAAUUGAACAUGAAGAUAAUAAUAGCAAUCGACAAAGUACUAAUGAAACAACUAGUACAGCAGAUCAUAGUGAUGAUCGAUGUCAAGAAUCGUUUAACAGUGAUCAAAGAUUUUCUCCUUCAACACAAAAAAGUGAUAUACUAUAUUCAUCAAAUGUAACUGAACUUGAUCCUCCUAAAUGUGUUGUUUGUAUGGAAUCGUGUGUAAAACCGUGUGUAUCACUUAUUUGUUGGCAUAUUAAUUGUGAAGAAUGUUGGUUGAAAUAUCUUAAUGAAAAAAAUAUUUGUCCACAAUGUCAUUUAAAAACAACAUCGAAAAAUCUUCGACGAAUUUUUUUUAAUGAAAUAACUAAAUAA